AUGACCGAGCCGCCUGCCGGCGGCUUUAAACGCUGGAGCGACUGGAGAACGUGGGGAAAUAAAGCGCGCAUUCUAGGAGUGCCGGGUCGCGGCCUGCAGCGAUGGGCUGACGUCACGAUUCCGUGCGGCGUGGCUGUGCUCCUGGAUGUACCCGAUAUUAGCGUGCGACGACUGCGCGUCAAAGGAUGGCUAAAGGUUCUCGACUCCCCGAAGCUGCCGAAGAUCCACGUGCGCGCGAACUACAUCAUGGUGUUCGGGCGCCUGACGGCGGGCGAGCCGGAAAAGCACUUCGCGGGGCGCGUGACGUUCACGCUCUUUCAGAACUUCAUGGGCGGGCGAAAGCCGUACCAACUCAAAUACCAGAGCCCCGCGGAUAAGGGCAAUCCGCGCGACUUGGGGCACAAGACGUUCGCCGUGGUGGGCGGGCAGGUAACGCUUUACGGCAUGCCGGGCGGCAGCGACACGCCGUCGUGGGUGCGCCUCACCGAGACGGCCAACCCGGGCGCGCGAGCGAUCUACGUGGACACGGACGUGACGCGCUGGGCGCCGGGAAUGACAAUCGCGCUGGCGUCCACGUCAGCAGAUCUCAACGACGCGGAGCACCACGUCAUCGCGUCCGUUUCCGUCGUCACGCCCGCGUCAGCACCAGGCAAAAACGACGGGCGGUACCGCAUCAAUCUAAAAACACCGCUGAAGAAGCAACACGAGGGCGUGGAAAUUUCGGAUGGGGUCGGAGGGACGGUGGGGAUUUACGGAGAGGUCGCGCUGUUGGAUCGGCACAUCGUGAUCACCGGAAGCAACGAGGCCCCGCCGCAUCAGUUUGAUGGUGGCAACUUCAUGGUUUAUAUGACGCCGACAGCCCAAGAAAUCGUGGGCGUGCAAUUUCGUGCCCUAGGGAAGCAGGGCACGCUGGGCAAAUACCCCUUGCAUUUCCACGUGUGCGGGCAAGAGGGGCAGAAUCACAUAGUGCGAAAAAACGCAAUCGUAUUCACGAAGCAACGGUGCAUGGUGAUUCACGCGACGGGUAACAUGACGAUCGAAGAAAACGUUUCGUACGAAACGAAGGGCCACUGUUACCUGCUGGAAGAGGGGUCGGAAAUGCGAAAUGUGUUUCGGCGAAACCUUGGGAUCAACGCGAGGAAAGUCACCCAAGUCAUCCCGCCGGCAACUUCCAGCCGGUUGGAUUUCCAAACCGACAAGCAGCCGACGAUUUUCUGGCUCGCCACACCCUUCAGCAGCUUCAUUGACAAUGUUGCCGCCGGCUCUGAGGAUUCAGGAUUCUGGUUGGAGGCAAACCCAUACAUGCGAGGGCUGUCGAGGCUGCUACCUCAGAUAGGGUCGACAAUACCCUUCUAUUACAACUGGGGCACGUGGGACGGCAACCACGCCCACUCCAACCUCUUUGGAUUCCGCACCUACCCCCACGGGUCACGACCCCGAUACCCGUCGACCACCCAGAAUCCCCGCGUCUCCCUUAAAAACUUCCUCAUUUACCGCAACAAGGCAGGCAUUUUCUUUUUCAACAGCGAGCGGCUGAUAGUGGAGAACGGGGUGUUUCUGGACAAUGGAAUCGGCAUCGACUUGAGCCGCAAUGCCGGCGUGCAAGCCAAGGGCUGCCGCUUCAUCGGCCGAACCUCCUCUGCCUGCCCGGCGUCCUCCGCCAAGGGCGUAACGACUCUCGCUGAUGCAGCAGACUCAGACGUCCCAGCCGGCCCCACCACUCUGUGGGAGCCCUUCACUCUGCAAGCCUCGCUAGGCCCCCUCGACCCAUACUUCGAUCCAUCAGCCAGCAGCGGCAGCAACAAUGGGAGCUACUCAGCGUCGGCUUAUACCAAUAAGAGGGAUCCUUAUAACAAGGCAUUUCAGGACAUGGGGGGAGUGGUGGAUCCUGGGGCAGCAGGUGGGAGUGUUGACCCGAUGGUCUCACUGGAUGAGAAGGUGGGGACGUUUGAGGCGCCUGUGGGGAUCACGCUGAGUCAGAGCAACCCGGGUGACAACCUGUUUCCCAAUGGCAUACAAGAUAGCUCCUUCCACCGCUUUGGAACAUGCAGCAGCAGCAGCUUUGGCAUCGCUCUUGUGGCAAAUAAGGCCGGCGGAUACUGGAACACUGCCAUGUUCGUUAAGGGCCUCUCGUUUGGGUCAGGAACUAAGAAGUUUUGGGCCACACCCAAUCCAUCCUCCGGCCCAAUCCCCCGGGGGGGUCUGGUGGCGCGCUUCUACGCCAUCCGGGAUCUCGACGGGUCGCUCCUCGGCCAAUCAGGCUACGCCGUUGCCAACUACGAUCCGAUCCUGCCGCCCGCCGCCAUCCGGGCGGCGAAGUGCAGCUUCCAAAGCGCGUUUUCGGCCUAUUCAUGCACCUCCGUCUGCUACCGGUCGGUCUCGCUUCAGGCUUGCUCUGCCAGCACCUCGUCUCUGCCGCCCCUGUCGGUCUCGCCGCUGGGCGGCACCGAGUCCGAGGAUGAGGGUGACGAUGACUAUAGCGCGAAUGAAUUCACCGCACGGAACCUUACGAGCACCACAGGAGGUAGUAGCAUUGGUGAGUCUCCUCCACCCCCCCCUCCUGUGGCACCAGCAGCACCAGCAGUACCAGCGGCAGCACAGGCAGCAGGAGAGAGGGAACCAGCUAGGGAGCUCUUUGGCAGGCUGCUACUGAGGAAGGUUGCUCCUGCGCCGGCCCCUUCCCCAACUCCCCGUCGACACUAG